AUGGAUCUAGAUGAUGAUCAAAAGCGUAAUGAAAAUGCCAAGGCAGAUAAACCAAGAACAAGAGAGAAUGUGGAUAUUAAUUUAAGUGAUCAAAGAAAUGCGAAUAUGAAAGAAUUAGAAACAAACCUGAAGGUUCUAACAAAAGGAAAAGAAUCACUUGCUGAUUCAAUAAGUCAGUGA